AUGCCGGUUGCCGAGAGAGCCUUGAAGACCCUGAAGUGUGUCAACCCUCGAGGAGACGAAGUCGAUGUCCUUCUUCUCAAAUGGCCCGCAGACAGCGAUGCGUGGGCGAUCUGCUUGCCUUGUCGAGUCAGCAGCACAGGAAUUAUCCUGGCUGUGCCGGGAGAUGCCAUUCCAAAGGAGGAUCUGGAAAGGGGCCAACAGUCCGCAGCCGACGACCUGAUGGGCCCAAAUGCUCAGGUUACAGUCAGUCUGCAGGAAAACUCCGAUCAGAUCAUCGAGGUGCAGUUGGUAGAGUUCACUCUGGAUGUCAGACACAGCCUGGAAAGAAGGGCGCCUCGCAGCCGUCGCCAGCACAAAAGGUUUGCGGACAGCCAGGACCUCCCCAACUUUGCGGAGCUCGACGAUGCGGUGGAAGGCUGGGUAAUGAGCGGGUCACUUCGAGACACGGGAUGGCAAACCGCCCAAGAAGCUCCAGUGCCGGAGCCUCAGGGCUUAGACCAAGUGCUCACUGCUUUGGCAAAACUGGAAAGCCGCAUGGACCAGCUGCAGAGAAAAGUAGACAGCAAACCUUCCAAUCUUCACCAAAGCACAGUUGCAAAGGACAAGCCUGGGAAGAAGGUGGUCGAAAAGUCAGAAGAAAAAGAUUGGGCCGACAUUUUGAAGGCUUUGAAAGAAGAGGUUGGGCCUCGUCCCAGCAAAGUCUUAGACGAACCUGCAGCUCGCACCACAGCGCAGGAGCUAGUCAGCUUGGUGGAAGAAGAGAUGGCUGCGUCGUCUUCAACGCCUUCUGUGGACGACAUGAUGAAGCUCAGUAUGUUGAAGCUACUCAAGGACCUUCAGGGAAAGACAAGCAAGAAGAGCAAAAAGUUGCCGGGCUUGAUAGGGGGCAUCGGCAGUUCCUCAGAAGAAGAAGGAGGAGAGACUUGGUCCUCCACCAGCCGAGGAGGCAAAGCCAUCGAGGCGGUGGAAAAGCUUCGAGCGGCCAUGAAGCAAAACCCUGGAGCCUAUUUGGAGAGAAUGGAGAUGCGAAUGCAGCGUGCUGUAGGAGCAGAGGAGAUGGGUCCCACCAUCCCCGAAAAGUUCAUCCAGUCAGUCCCGGUUGGGCGAUCUCGAACUGCCGGGUAUGCUCUGACAGGCUUUGCGACCAUUCACAAGCUGAUGUUGGAAGGAAAGGCUCGACAAGCCCGCCUUCACACUGUACGCAUGAUGGCAGCCAUGGAACAGUUUUUGUUGGACGAAAGCUGGGGAGUGGCAAGCCGCCUGACAGGUGUGGAAGAGCCGCCGUGGGCCCAUUGGGCCAGUCAAGACCUUCCCUCAAUCCGAAAGCAGUACAUCUACACGCGACUGAUGGACGCGACAUGGAUUGGAGCGAUCAUCAACGAGCUGAAGGAAGAAGAAUGGCCUUAUUUGUCAGAAAAGUUUCGGGAGAUUUAUGAGAACCCCGAUGUGAUCCUCAAAGUGGAAGGCAUCGCAGGGCUCAUUGGACCAGCCCGGAACAAACUGCUCAAGCUGGCUCAACUUUCGGUCUUGAUGACUGAAGCGGGGCCAGUGGAUGAAAAAAUGAUUGAGGUGGGGGAAAUGGUGUCGGAAGAGGUCUGGCGUCGAGGAGACAAGGCUUUGAUUCAGCUAGAUGAGUUGCAGGGCUUGCCACGGGCCUACAACCGCUGGUUUCUUCUGGCUGGUUCUUUGUUGUUGCGGAAUGGUGAGCGGAGCUCCCAGACCUCCUCAGAUGCAGGUCGUGUGACGGCCCGUACUCAGAGCAUCCGACAGGACCUGCUUACCAAACUGGAGGUUUGGUUGGCAACUCAACUGCCCGAGGUUACUUUGGAGGAUUUGGCUCGGCAUCACAUCGAUGUUUUGUCCGAGUGGCUCGAAGAAUAUAUGGUCACCUUAUAUCUGGAUGGUCAGAGCCGCAGGUCAGCAGCCGAGACUCUGAAUGUGGUGGUCCAAAAGUUUGGUUGGCUCAGAUCCUCUCUUGCCGCGCCUUGGAGUGUACUCAAGACAUGGGACAUGUUGGAGCCAGUCACUCAUCACCCGCCUAUGCCGGUGCAAGUGCUCUAUGCUCUUGCGGGUACUGCCAUGGCAUGGCAGUGGCCGCACUUUGCGGCGUUGCUGAGCUUAGGUUUGCGACGACAAGAUCUGUCUCUCCCGCAAGACCAUUGGGGCGACAAUGUGAUCUACAUUCGAGUUUCCCAGCCGAAAACUCGUUUUCGGGCAGCUGCGGCGCAACAUGUGCGCCUCGACGAGGCCGGCAUCGCCGGCUGGGUGCAGACGAUUUUCGGCUCGAUGCCGAUGUGGCGGAAGCUUUGGUGCGGCUCUUUGGCUUCUUUCAAAACCAGGCUGGACUUGGUGCAGCGUGAAGUGCUGACUACGGUCGCGUUUUUGCCAAGCUCACUGAGGCCCGGUGGCGCCACCUACCUGUUUCGUCUGUGGUCAGAAGACCUGAUUCGUGUUCAGUGGCGAGGUCGCUGGAAAUCCUUUCGUAUGCUCGAGACUUAUGUACAGGAAUUAGGUGCUGCUGAGAUCUGGAUUCGUUUUCCUGUAAAAACACGAAAUCGCGUCAAGGGUGGGACACAGAGACAAGAAUUUGAAGAAUUUGAAGUCAGUGUCCCAGAGAUGGCUGGGUCAACCCUCUUGGGCAUUCGGAACUUGUCGAAGGGCCAUGAGUUUGAAAUUGAAAGGAUUCUUGGCGGCUACUCACCGAGAACGGCUGCAGGCUGUAUGUAUGGCUUUGCGGGCAGUGACAUGCUGCGGACCAUUCAGCUGGGCCGGGUCAAUAAGACCCUGCUCAACCAGAUGAUCCGGCUUUGUGACAACCUGCGAUUAGAUGCCUUAGUCUUCCUGUGUGGUCCCAGUGAGCUUUCGCAUAUUGGGAAGAUCAUGGAACAUCUGCACAAGGAGAAACCGAAGAUCUUGAUCAACUGCGUUUUGCAUAGCGUCAGCCACUUCCUGAGCUCUGUUGAUCUUGAUCCUCACCACGUCCUCACCGCUCGACGCACGUCGCGAACCCGCGUCGACGCGAACCCGCGCCGCGACGCAGAUUCGGAUGCCUGGGUGGAUCGAAACGAAUCUAGGGGUGCGUGCCGUGCCUCGCAGGAUUUGACAGCGCCUGUGCGUGCCUUUGUGAGGCAAGCGCUGAACCGGGACAUCUACCAUUUCGUGGCUUGUGGAUCGAAGACUCUCACUUUAGAGGUGGCCUUAGAGAUUCGACCCACCUUGUGCUACAUCGGCGAGGAGAUCCGACGGAGGAGGCGGACCUUGGACGAAAUCGUCGAGGAGAUUUGCGACACGAUCGUCGUGCGGAACUGCGAGCACGACUUGCAUGCUCGGGACACCGAGAAGGACACGCGUUCUCCGCGCUCCGAGGCCGGAGUCAUCAUGAUCGCAGAUGACUUUUUCGAGCAGAUGGUGGAGAUGACGGAGCUACGCCUCUUGGAUCUUCAGAUGGAGCUUUGGCCUCCUAAAUUUGAUGUGUUUGAUGGAGGGCUGUGUGCUGUUGACCCACUGGUGCUGGCCAGCAUUGGGCAUACAGGCUAUUCACUAUGCAAAAGGCACCUGCGCUUAGAUCGUUUGUGA